AGCAAGUUUUUUAUAUACAAAUGUGGCGGUGUUUCGACAAGUAUUAUGUUAGGUAGUGAUAUUUACAUAUAAAAAUAUUUAACUUCAAUAUUGACGAUUAUCGUAUAUUCAACUACAAUAUAUUUUGAAAGAAUUUAGUUCUUGGAACAACAAAUUAUAAUAAACUAAAUAAUUACUUAUUAUAUCCAGCUCUUAUUAAAAAAAAAAUGGAUUUUAAGAUGCAUGAAUACACACAUGCAGUCGUUGGUAAAGUAAUUCCAGCACUAAAGCUAACUGAUAGAGCUGACUUGAACGACGCCCGUCGUCAAUAUGAUUAUUACUUAAGAUUAUUAAAAGAACUAAAUUUGGAAAUUAUUGAAGUCGAAACAGAUGCCUAUUUCCCGGAAAAUAUUAUCUUUGAGGAUAUAGCUAUCGUUUGCCAUGGCAUAAUGCUUUUGCCCAGACCUGUAUCCAGCACUGAAGAAAUAAUAAUGACCGCACUCAAAGAGGUCAUGCAAAAUGAACUUGGACACACUGUUAUUGAAGUCAGUGACCCAGAAGCCAAGCUUGCCGGUUCCGAUGUCUUAUUCACAGGUCGUGAGUUUUUUGUAGGCAUUACUGAGACCAGCAAUGAAGCUGGAGCCAGUGCCCUAGCUGAGGCAUUCCCAGAGUUUCCUUGCACACCUAUAAAGGUAUCUCAAGGGGUACGUCAUUUGAAGAAGUACUUCAGCAUGGCGGGGCCGGAUAUUCUGUGUGUGGCAUCCAGCAAGGAAGCCAAAGAAAUGCUGAAGAGGAUAGAAAGAGAGGCCACAUUUACCUAUCAGACCCUCACUGUCCCUGAAGUAGGGGCUGCCAAUUGUUUGUAUGUGAAUGGUACUCUAAUACACCGUGCAAUAGAGGAGAUACCAGAAUCCUUUAAGGUAUUCUGUGAAAGAAUUGAUUUUGCCCGGCGGUCGAUAUGCUUCUCAUCACUUGCUAAAGUUUCUAGCGGACUCACAGCAUGCUGUCUUCUGGUGAGGAAACCUUAAACAACUUGACAAAUUCUAUGCUAAAAUCUGAUGAUUUUUUUUUUCAAGCAUCGCUCCAACAAUUCAUCCUUACAAAAUUUGUACCUUUUGUAGUUAUAACUUAAUUUUUAACUAACAGGUUGUUUUCAUAUAUAAAAUUAUUUUUAGGACCAUUACUAUAGAAAAGACCUAUUUUAUAAUACAAAGGUCGAAAAUUAUGAGAUGCUUUUAUUAAAUAAGAGCGUGGGCAGGUCUUAUUUUGCUUGCCAUUACAAGUUAAGAUGCAAACUGCAUAAUGUAAACAAAAUUUUUUGCUUUAUCAAAAGCUUAAUAUCUUAUUUUACCAUUAUUAAUAUUUGUUCAUUUUUUUGCAACUUGCAAUCUUUGGUAAUUAGGUUAGAUAUCGUCCGUUUGUUUUCCUACCCUUUACCUAACGUGUGACCAAAUUAUUAUUAUGGUUUUCCUUUGACCAGAAUAGGUUAAUUUUAAUGUGAUGACCUUUUUACCUCACCCAUUUAGGUAAAAAUACGGCUGAUUCAAAAUAUUCUGAUUUACAAUUAUACCUCACCCUCCUCCUCUAAAUAAAGAGCCACUAUAAAUGUGUAUCUACCUUUAGUAGUAGUAUAUUGAAUUCAUUCCUUAACUUAAAGACUGAAAUAGUAUAUGAUACAUGACACAAGAACCCUUAAAAAAAAUUUAAAUAGUUCUUGACAGAGGCAAGCUGACGUGCUUGAAAAUAUAGUAGAAUAUUUUCGACUCUUACCGCAAGUUUUUCUGGUCGAUAUAAAUUUCAACUAUUAACCGACUUUUUUUGUUCCUAUAUUCCACAUUCCCUUAGAUUUUAGUUUUUGUUGAUAAUAAUGACGUACAAAUGUUUAACCUUAGUACCUGGUGCCGUACUUUGUUCAUUUAUAUUGUAGCAUAAAAUGUAGCACAAAAAUCGUCAUAUCCCAUCUUAUAUUUAAUUCCAAGUAAAAUAUUUAAUAUUACGAUACUUAUUUAGUGAUUUUAAGUAAAAUUAUUAUUAAUUUAUAAGAAUACCUGUUAAAAAUCACUUGGAACUAUACGGAAGAUUUAUUGUUAAAUGUUUUAAUUAUGAAUGUUAAAUUGUAUUUCUAUGUUGUUUUUUCUUUUUAUUUUAACUUAUUAUUUCCAAAAAACUUUUAAACAUUAACUAACGAUAAUUAUAAAAAUAUUUAAAAUGAUAGAUGUCCUUAUACCAAUAUAUUAUUCGCUCUCUAUAGACUUACAUGUAAUAUCUAUAGUAUUUAUUAAAUAUACAAUACCAUACCCAAUAAAUUAUAUUUAUCUUUUAAAAAUAAUAAAAAAUAAACAUUGGCUUCUAUCGUCAUGUUAAUAAUUAACAUAUUUCCAUGUAUUUAAAAUGUAUGUCCCUAUAUAAUGUUUACUCUUCGAUAGUCAUUUGAAGGAUAUAUGUAUAAUAUAGUUGUCACCGAUAUCUAGUUUUCUGAAUCUCGAAAUUUAGUUUGUGCUCUCGCUACGGUAGCCAGAAGUGUUAUUGGAAAGCUAUGUUAGAUUAUUUAUUGCGUUCAAUAAUAAAAUGAAGUAAUGUAUAAAAUUAGUGUGAUUGAACAUCGCUUCCCAACGAUCCUGUCGAGGGUACAGUCUAAUGAUUAUAGUAUUAAUAACGUAGUUAAACUACUGCAUAAUAUAAUCAGUAUUCGAUAUUGUAAACGGAUUUCGCACAUUUCGCUUAGCGCUUACACAUAUUAAUAAAGCACAUAAAUAUAUUUUAACAAUGAUAGUUUUUGGAUAUUUUGAUAAGUUUUAAAAUGUUUAUCAUUUCUUUGUGAUCAUUAAUAAAAACACACUGAAAUCAAAUACAUUUUAGUUAGCAUUCGAGAACCAUAGUAUUUUUUUUUGUUUUAUAUUAUUAUAGACAGGUAAGCUAUCAUCAAUUCUGUAAUGUGUUUGUAGACUUCAAUAAAUAAUGUUAUGAGUGUA